UAGUCAAUGGAAGAAGCCCUGAAAAAAUCAUGUCAUUGCAGAAAACGUAGUCUCCACGUAAGUCUAAACAAACUCUGUUCUCUAGACCUUCUCUGUUUCUCUCUAAUACUGCAGGUCAUCACUGAUUCUUGCGAAGACGGAUGGGGAUUCACUGGAAUUGUCUUGCAGCUGAUACUUUAAGUCAAACUUCCGUUGCUGCCCCAGUUCCAGACCUAGACUCGGACUUGGACUCGGACUCCCCUCGUGAUUCCAUCUUAAAACUGGUUAAUGUUGAUGCAUCUCCUGUGGAUUCCGCUGAAUACAGCUGCUGUUUCACAAUGGUAACUGCCUGUAUUUCAACAUGGAUGUCUAAUGCACCUAUUUCGGGUGACAACAACGUAAUACUUGGUGCAUUAGACAAUUCAAAGUUGAGAGAUUUCACAUAUGAAGAGUUGAGGGCGGCGACCUUCAACUUUAGUAUGAAUCUGCUGAUUGGAAGGGGAGGUUUUGGCAAUGUCUACAAGGGUUGGCUCAAGGAGCAGAGGCCACCUAAGGGUGCUAGGAACCGACUAAUUGCUGUCAAAAGAUUUUCUGGAGACACCCAGCAAGGAUAUCUAGAAUUUACGUAAAUUUCCCUUGAAGUGCUUACGGUAGUCAGGUAACAAACCGUUUGUGCUCUUACUUGCCAUCAUUUAUUGGUACAGACAGAGAUCAGUUUCCUGGAAAUGGUGUCUCAUCCGAACAUUGUGAAGCUUUUGGGUUUUUGUCGUGCAAAUGAAGAGAAGAUCCUUGUCUAU